UCACGUGACCUCGGUCGGAUUCAAAUAAUUGCGCUGGUUAGUUUGCGCCCACGUCCACUUGCAUUUUCGCGUGCGUUCGGUCGGAAAAUUCGUAGGUUUUCACGAUGAAAAACAUGGAAGCCGUCCAGUUCGACCUGUCGAAGAAGAGUCUGAAACACGUCCAGUUGCCAGUGCCUUCCGUGACCGACCCCAAGCACCUGCUGAUCAGGGUGUCCUAUGCAGGAAUCUGCGGGACCGAUCUUCACAUUAUACAGGGUGAAUUUCCAUGCAACCCUGAUCGUCCCCUCAUAUUAGGCCAUGAAUUCUCAGGCACAGUUGAAGAGCUUGGUCCUGAAGUAACGAAUUUCAAAAAGGGAGAUAAAGUCAGUGUUGAUCCGAAUAUCGGCUGCGAGAAAUGCAAUUUCUGCCAUGACGGCAACCCCCAUUUCUGCAAGAAAGGGGGCAUCAACACCACCAUAGGCAUAUACAAAGACGGUGGAUGGGCUGACUAUGUCGUAUGUCCAGAAUCCCAGGUUCACAAGCUACCAGAGUCCAUCUCACUCGAGCAAGCUGCCCUCUGCGAGCCCUUAUCCUGCUUGUCCCACGGCUGGGAUUUGGCCAGUCCCAUCAAGGUGGGAAAAAACAUCUUGAUAACUGGGGCUGGUAUAAUCGGGAAUCUCUGGGCUUGCGCUUUGCAUCUCCACGGUCACAGGAGGGUGACGAUCUCAGAGCCGAACCAGUCCAGGCUGAACAACUUGAAGAAAUUGAAUCUUGGUUUCGAUCUGGUCACACCGAAUCAACUGAAAGAAAGACAGGCUGAGGAUCCGGAGUUCCUCUUCGAUUUCAUCAUCGAAUGCAGCGGUUUUCCACCAGCCAUCGAACACUGCCUCAGCCUAUUGAACCAAGGGGGUAAAUUGGUCAUUUUCGGGGUAGCACCACCACAUGGGAGAAUUUCUAUUUCACCCUACGAGAUAUACGCUAAGGAAUUGAAGAUUAUAGGGGUUAACAUAAACCCGUACAGUUAUCCCAACUCCAUCGGGAUGGUUGAAGCAAUGGGAGACAGAUAUUUGAACUACGACAAUCUGGGAAUCAAAGUUUUCUCAUUGAAAGAAUACGAAGAAGCAAUCAAAGCGUUGAAAGAAGGCUCAAUAGCCAAAGCAAUCUUCAAAAUGUGAUAUCCUCAUUUUAAUAGAUAAUUGAAACAUAAAAGAUGAUUUUUA